GGCGUCCAAAGUGCAAUUAAGCCUUGUACUAGCACUAGUACCUACUAAAAGACCUGCAGCCUUUGAAAUAUGCCGCUGAAAGGCAUUAAAGUAUUGGAAUUCGUUGGACUGGCGCCUGGUCCACUGUGUGGCAAAAUCCUAACCGAUUUUGGAGCCACCGUCACGCGCAUUGACAAGAUACUCGACAAUCCGUUGGAUGUACUGCAGCAUGGCAAGCGCACAAUGUGUGUCAAUGUGAAAGACCCAGCGGGACAGCAGCUGGUGCGUCGCCUGGCCAGGAAAUGCGAUGUUCUCAUCGAACCCUUUCGACCCGGCGUCAUGGAGAAACUUCAUUUGGGUCCCGCCGACUUGUGUGCAGAGAAUCCGCGCUUGAUUUAUGCUCGGCUGACGGGUUUUGGCCAGCAGGGACGCCUGGCGGCACGUGCUGGUCACGAUCUCAACUAUGCAGCCAUUUCGGGGGUGCUGUCCAUGCUGGGCCGCAGCCACGAGAAGCCCACGUCGCCGAUUAAUCUGUUGGCCGAUUUCGCGGGCGGCAGUGUGAUGUGUGCCCUGGGCAUUUGCCUGGCCCUGCUGGAGCGACACAAUUCCGGGCGUGGGCAGGUCGUGGAUGCCUCCAUGGUCGAAGGUGCUGCCUAUGUGGCCAGCUGGUUGUUCCUGUCCCGGGAUCUGCACAUUUGGGGAAAGCAGCGUGGCGACAACAUUCUCGAUGGCGGAGCUUACUUCUACGACACCUACGAAACGAAGGAUGGCCUCUACAUGUCUGUGGGCGCCCUGGAGCCGCAGUUCUUCGAGCUGCUCAGGCAGCGACUGCAGCUGCCAGAGGAUCUGUCGCAGUUCGGAGACGAGCAUCAAGAGCGUGGCAGGCGGCUGCUAACGGAAGCAUUCCUGACAAAAACCCAAGCAGAAUGGUCGCAGAUCUUCGAGGAUGUGGACGCUUGCGUUUAUCCCGUGCUGGACUAUCGAAAGGUUCACCAACACACACACAACAAAGAGCGGGAAUCCUUCGAGCUGCUCGGCGACGCAGUGGCGCCACGUCCCGCUCCACGAUUGAGUCGUACGCCUGGCCAGCUGCCCAAGGCGGAAAACACCAAACAGGCAGAACUGAUCGAGGAACUGGAGCUGAAACCCGCGGAACUGAAGAAAUUGUUGGAGUCGGGAGUGCUGACGUUACCAGAUCGGGCAAAGCUCUAGCCUGUUGAAAGCUCCAAAGUGCCGUUUAUUCCGUAUUUCCGUAUUU